AUGGCAGCAGGGCAAAAAAUAAAUUUGGCUAAGUCUGCAAUUGCUUUCAAUCCAAACACUCCUGUGCAAUUAAGGAAUGAGGUGAGUAGCAUUUUAGCGAUCCCAAUUGUUGAGUUUCAUGAGAAAUAUUUGGGAUUGCCAACUGUGAUUGGUAGGAAAAAGAAAGAUUGUUUUAAUGGAAUAAAAGAAAGAUUGAGAAAGAAGCUUAAUGGAUGGAAAGAGAAAUUACUUUCAAAAGCAGGAAAAGCUCUCCUUAUCAAAGCAGUGGCUCAGAGCAUUCCAAAUUAUGCUAUGGGAGUCUUUAAACUUCCUGAUGAAGGUGGAAUGGGGUUUAGAGAUCUGGAGUCUUUUAACAAAGCACUUGUGGCCAUGCAAUGUUGGAGACUUCUUACCAAUGAACAUACCAUGAUUCAUAAGGUGUUAAAAGCUCGAUACUUUCCAAAUUGUAAUUUUUUGGAAGCUGGUUGUGAGUUGCUCUUGAGUGGGUUAAGGAAGAGGAUUGGAGAUGGACAAGAAACACUAGUCUAUGGUGAUGCUUGGAUUCCUAGACCUAACUCUUUCCAUCCUAUUUCCCCUAAAGUGUUGAAUCAAGAAACUAAAGAAGAUGUUAAGGCUAUUACCUCUAUCCCUUUGAGUGUUAAUUAUCACAAAGAUAGAUGGAUUUGGCAUUAUACUACUAAUGGAAUUUAUUCUGUGAAAAGUGGAUAUAGGCUGGAGAUGUCAAAGAAAAAGAAAUGCAGUGAGGCUAUUGGAUCCUCUUCGAAACCAAGAAUACGAAGUGCUUUCUGGAGAAAAGUUUGGUCCCAAGAGGUACCAUAA